UGGUUUCCCUGCGAAAUGACGUCUGACAAUCGAGCGCAGAAAUUCCAUACUGAUGACGCAUCACUUUCCAGAUCUGGGCAGUGCUUCUGAAUGGUUGAAGCAAAUUUCCCACACCGCAUGAUCAAUCAAAAGCGCAUGGAAUUUCUGCGCUUCAUUUCGCGGAGAAAGCAGGAACCAGUGGUGUCGUCGCAAAAUGUUGGCUGUUGGCUCUUGCUACUUUCAGGUCCACUGCAUGAUUGUUUUGUACUUGGACGUUAAAUUCCUCCUCACAGUGAUCGUUUCGUUUUGUUUUCUCUUGUAGCACCAAAAAUUUGCAAGACUGCCCUGUGCUAUGAAAUUUCUAAAGGUUUGUGGUAUUUGUUGCAUUAUUUAUAGAGGCAAAUCAUUAUUAAGCCUUAUAUAUAGGUAACAUUUCUUCAUUGUCUCUUAGGCCCCUUGACGCUCAAGAGUUGCGUCCUCCUUUAAUUUUACCAACGAUAAAAAUCCCAGAAAGUAGAAAACAAUCUUCUUUGAUCCGCCUACAAUCUUGGACAAAAAUGUUGAAAAAAAUGGACGUUACCAUGUCUACUUUCAAGGUAACGCUCUUGAAAGCACCGGUAACUACAAAUACUUCCCCUUCCCCCAAAAAGCAAUGGUUAGGUCCGGCUGGAUCAUUUCUGAUCUUUGACCAGAGUGGGGUGAGAGAAGGGGCCAUAGCGGUACCAAAUUUACGCGACAAGCGUUCUGUGGGUAAGAAAGUGCAAAAUUCUCAACACUUUUUGUCCAAGAUUGUAGAGUUAGCGCUUAAAACGUCCACUUUUCGCCCUUUUUUGCGGUAAACUCACUUUAUCGAGUUGUUUCCGAUAAAACCCAACUGUUGUGUCUCACAUCCCAACCGACUCCGCUCUACAGUAGCUUUCGAAACUAGACCCUUUAGACCAUGUUAGCUAAACCAAUGGCUUAGAAAAUGGGAGGGGGUAGCCUGAGAACGCAGACGUAUUUUCGGCUAAAGCGACGACCAGAAAUACGUCUGCGUUCGUAGGCUUGGAGUGGCAGGAAAAGAAAAAGCCCUGGGCGCGAGGUUGACCUUCGAAGCUUCAGUGGGACUUUCGCGAAGUCUUGCCGACAAGUCCACCUGGAAAUUUUUCUCGAGCGCGAAGCGCGAGCUGGAGAUUUUUGAUGUUUUCUGCACUGGAACCGGAAAUGAGAAGCGAAGGACUUUGAGAAAGUUUAACUUUUGCGUUGCUUUGCUAAUUUGAAACUUUCAUUUUAAGAUGUCUCCAAUCAGCUGAACAAAAGUGUAGAUCCAUGUAAAGAUUUUUACUCCUACACCUGUGGAGGCUUCUUCAAAAGUCACAAGCUUGGAGUUAAUGAAAGCUAUGUUACUGCUUUUACUAGCGUCAACAACGACAACUUGAAGGUUUUAAGAAGGGCUCUGCAGAAUUCUUCUUUUAAUUAUUCCCAGGUUGGUAUUACUUUCGUCUUGCUGUUGUUACAUGCAUACAUUGUAUACAUGUACAUGCAUACAUACAAAAACUUAUAUUAUAAUCGAUAUUGUUCCAGACUUCAGGAGUGAUUCAUCGUUUUAUGGCUGCAGUAUUGAUUCGUAUGAUCCAAAGUGGUCACACUCGUUAGGCAAUAACGAAGAGUUACCGAUAAAAUUCAAAUGCUGGCAAUAUAUACAAUACGAGUGGUUGUUAGGUUUUAGUUGUGAAACCUAAUUCUUAAGGUUCUUGAGUAAAUAUCUGUUCCAGUGUGGAGGCGUGAACUCCCUAAUUCGUCACGCUUGUUCAGGCUGCACAGAUCUGUUCUGCAAAUUGUAUGUACUUUUCGUACAAACAUAAGUACAUUUCAUAAACUUAUUUACCCUGGAAUUUUUUUGAGUAGCUUGCGAGCUAAUAUCUCCUCUCUCUCUUCGAGCACAAUACAUAAUACAUUAAAUACAGUACAAGAAAAAACUAUGUCCACACAUAAAAGAAAUUAAUAUUCAAAACCUUUUACCGCGACAAGAUUAGCUCAGUCGGUAGAGCACUUGACUGAAGAGCGGGAGGUCACGGGUUCGAUUCCCGGGGCCGGACCAGUACUCAGGGUCUAAAAAUAACUGAAAAAUGAACGUACUUCCCUGUGCACUGCAAGCGGCUAGAACUUCGCGCGGCUCGGGUGACCACGCACAAAACGUCAUAUAAGGAAAUUUCACGUCGUAGUCGUGCAGUGCAGGCAAAGAAAUGUACCAAAAAGUGUGAUGCACGUGAAAGUCUGUUGUGUUUGUUAAACGUAUUACUUUUUUUUAUCGUUCUCUUUGCCCUUUGCGUUUCUAUUUGUAACGCUAUACUGGCUAUGGUUUUUUCUAAUGUCUUCACGUACAGAGUGUGUCCAUCAAGAAUACCAUCAAGAUCUACAAUACCUGCCUCAAUACAACUGCCAUUAAUAACCGAGGGAAGGACCCUUUGGUAAAGUUGAUCGAGAAAUACGGAGGAUGGACGGUGACAAACACGAACCGAUCGAAUAUUUCACCGGAGGAACUCAUGGGCCGGGUUCUGAGGGAACUGAAUGUUCAAACCUUGCUGAAGGUGGCUGUUACAACAGAUUUGUAUGAUUCCAACAAAAACAUUCUUAAAGUAAGUAUAAAUAAGGCGUAUUCGAUCAGCCUGAAAACCUUUGAAUGGAAAGAAUUAAUAUCGAAUUGAAGAAAACUGAGUGUCAGAAUUUCGUAAUGGUUUACAUUGCGGACACCUCUAUAAUACGGACAUCUCUCUAUUACGAACAGUUCGUUUAGUCCUAGAAAUGCCAAAAAUCAUACUUUCCCUACCUCUAUAAUAUGGACACCCCUGAAUUUCGGGCGGCUUUUUUUGUUUCGAGCAACUUUUUGCAUUCUGAGGAAUUUCUCUAGUUAUCUUCUAAUUCUGAGCUAUCGGGGUAGCUUUUAGUUCUUAAAUUGGUCUUUCUUCAAUAUUUUAAUAUGUUUUAUGUGUUAGUAUGAAUUUCCUGUUUAAAAAAAGAGCCAAAUCCUUUCCCCUGUGGCAGAUCAUGGGCGCAAGAUAAAAGUAGCCGGGCUGCUAGGACAGCGGUUUUUAGAGAAAAUUCAAAAUGUUAGACGGAGAUUGACACUCGACUGACUUGUGUGCCUCGGUUGAAGAAGGUCAUUCAACAAUUUUAUUGGCUCAUUAGAAUUUUUGGUUCUAAUUGAGGACAAAGUUAUUUAGCAACGCUAGUUACGCCGCAAAAUUGCACAAAACCGCUUAGAAAUCUUUAAAAGACAAACUUAAAGCAAGGGGCACACCUUCACCAACUUAGCCUCUCACGCAUGCGUUUUUUAGGAGAGCUUGUAUUUCGUCCCUCCCCACAAACGCCUGCUCAACCGAAAACCACAUUCCUUUCCCACUGUUUAAUUUGCGUGGUAAGUGACCAAUCAACAGUUUUGAAAUUAAGUGUUGACAGGCUAAACACGACUCAUAAGCUCGUGGUAGUGUUAAAACGUGACCCUAGAGUUGCAGUUUUCCUUCUUUUCUUUCCCCGGCUGAGGUUAUGCAGUGCACGGAGUAUUCAAAAGUGUGACUAAAUCUUAGUUUUGCUGCCCUGAGUCUGACAUUUAUUAGAGGUUAUAAAGUGUUUCAUACAAAUCGAGUAAUUUUCGGAUAACCCUGCGGUCAAGGUCAAAUUUCCAGAAUUUGGAAAGUACAAUGUGAUUGGCUAAGUUUGGGAAAGGAAUGUUGUUUUCGGUUGAGCAGGCGUUUGCGGGGAAGGAUGAAAGACGAACUCCCCUAAAAACGCGUACGUGGGAGGCUAUCGCCAACCCACUGCCUGGCCAGUACCUGACGCAGCCAUGGACAGCUGUUUCGCCCUCGUUAGGGCUCAUCAGCAUGGUGAUAUGGCUGUGCGCGUGCGUGAGAUACUGGCCAGGCCGUGGGUUGGUAUAUGUGUGCUCCUUGCUUUAAAGUUGUCCUAGAAAUCUUACUUUUGUUGUACAAUUUGCAUAUUUUGGCAUCAGACCAUCAAAAGUUUUUGUUUUUUCGAGCAACUUCCUUACAAAAAGCAACUUUUGAUUGUUUUUUGAGCAGCGUUUGAGCAACUUUUUCAGAAAUUACGGGAAACUUUUUGGAAAAUCUCGAGCAACUUGCGGAAAGCCCUACCUGGGCUUGACUUGAGCAUCCAGCCUUACCAAGCCCAAACUCCGAGUCAGUCACUACAGAUUCAUGAGAUCAGUAUCAGCCUGAAUAACUUGAUUGUCCUUGCUGUUUUUAGAUUAUGCCGUCUCAGUUAGGGAUGAGUCCGAGUUAUUAUAAAGUCAAGACUGAAAACGUGAAGGUUAGUUUGAUAAUCAGUAGCCUCGUUUCCAAGAUUCUUCUCUCCCUUAUGUCUCGGAUGGCUCAAUUUUCUUCUGUAAGUUAUAUCGUAACAGAAAAUUUGAGCCCUGUAAUGCUUAAAGGAAAGAUUUUAAAGUUUACGAGGAUUUCUAUGCAAAACUUCUCAACCAUGAGUGGUUGACAAGAGUUGUUUUUCCCAUACAAAUCCCUCUAAUAUUUGGAAGCCGUUGCAAUCGUUACUUUUAAGAUAUACUGCUGAACUUUUACAGCUUACCUACCUCGCAUAGCCUGUGUGACAGGCGUUUAACAUCAACAAUCUACACUUAAAUUUCGUGAAUUUUUCGAUUUUUUUAAACUGUAAAUUUGAACGUGAUUGAUCCUGAGUCGGGACUAUCACGUGACAUAAAAUGAGGAAAAAGCAUUAACAACAACAAAAUGAAUUUUUUUUAUUUUGCCCCAUUUACUCAUAGGUUCAAGAGGCGUACAAAGCCUACAUGAGAACUAUAGGCAUCUUACUUGGAGGUAAUCGCUCUACCGUGGCCGCUAGAAUGGAUGAGAUAUAUAACCUCGAGGAGAAACUUGCUAAGGUAGGUUAUACGGCUCUUUUAAUCCGGAAGAGGGAAGGGGGUAGGUCCUGAUCCCGCAAUCCCGCUUCUUUUUCACGAGAAUCCCUCAUCCCGAACUUCUAUCAUCGCCGCCCCGAAUAUCGUUCACUUUCCCAGUCCGCAUCCGCGCCCAAAUUUUGGCGAAUCCCGCUUUCCGGGUAGCAGUCAAAGCCCGUAUCCCGUUAAGGUACGUUUCCCGAAUCCCGAACUGUAUUUUGAUGAAACCCCGGAUCCCGUUUAACGUUUCCCGAAUCUCGAAUUGUAUUUUGGUCAAAUCCCGGAUCCCGGAAAUACCCUUCCAGACCCUGUUUUAAUGUACAAGCUGGUUACCAUGGUUACCAAAGCCAAUCAUUUGUAACGGUUUUCAACGUCACAGUUUCGUCAAUGGAAUGUCAAAACCCCUGUUUGAAGUUGUAGUUGUGUAAGAGUGAAUAUCAUGCCAAACUUUUGUUGGUUCCAGGCAUUCAAAUAAACAAGCAUUGAAUCAUGGUUGUAACUGAGAUACACUUACGUUUCACAAGUCCCGAACCUUUUUGGACGUUUACAACCGCGGCAGGGUUAGCUCGGUCGACAGAGCUGGCACUUCACUGUAUAAGAGCGGGAGGUCCUGGGUUCGAUUCCCGGGGCCGGACCAAUACUCAGUGUCUUUAAUAAAAUCACUGAGAAAUGAAGGUACUGCAUUUGCCCUGCAAAUGAUUGGACCUUCGCGUAGCUCGGAUGAACACGUAAAAUGGCUGCCUUGUCUCCAGUAGGAGACGUAAAUAUGGUGUACCCAGUUAGUACUUUCUUGCUAAAUACAUUGACAUUCAAAUAAAGCGCUUCUGUAACUGGGGAACGCUCUCCUUGUCGCUGAGAAGCGCAUUUGAGGGAAAUUUCAGUAUCUAUGAAUUUAGCUGUAACUCCUGCGAAAGCAAAUUGAACUACAACUACAACUACACUUCAUCUAUUACUAUUAUCUGUUAGUAAAAUCCAACUAGUGGUCUAUUAUCAAUGCUGCGUUCUGAUUGGUUGAGCCACUACUAGGCUCUAUGUUAUAGCCCAUUAGUAGCGAAAAGCGCCGGCUUUGAAAACCAAAACAAUGGCGGCUGAAUCGCGUUUUGCUAGCUAAAGUUGUUUUGUGUCGAUUUUUUUUAACCAACUACUUAGAUUUUACUAAAAAAAUUAAUCCUCUCGCCUUCAUGGCCCCUGAGUCAAUAGCCCAUUCUGGCUCAAGGAAUAAUUGUUAAUCAUUGGCUCAAAGAAUGUAACAGUGCUUGCCUCCUGUCUUUUACCUAGGCCUAUGAUCCUGACACCUUUUCAGAGGAUAUGAUAGAGACAGUUAAACAAUAUCAUCGUUCGGGGCGAUCAUUAGAUUCUCUGGACAAGACCUUGUAUGAUUUUAGUGAUGCAUCAGGUUUCACGGUUAGAAUUUAUUCUCAUUAUGUAUCAGUCAACUAAUAUAGAGUUAACAUGCCUUUGAACUCUUUAUGUAUAUGACCAACUCCCUCCUCCAUAAAUAUCCAGCCAUUUUUGCCAUAAAAAUAUACAUCGUCCUACCCGCUGUUUUUUUGUGACAAACAGCUGGGUAAUUUUGAAGUUAUCGAAGGAACACGACGCUGCGGGGUUGAUACUACGUAGAAAAAUGCACGUCAUUCAUCAAAACUGACCACGCACAUGUAAGUCAAAAGAACAGGGUAGCGCAAGCGUGACACCCUCUCAAAUGGUGUGCUCGUCCCAUCCGUUUCAUGUCGAUGAUUUGCACCAAUAGGACUCCAUUUUCACCGGUAACUUAAGGCAGCAGCACCCCGCCACCUCUUGAGAAUGGCGGGGUUAGAGAAAGAGACAGUGAACUCAAAGGACCUGUUUAAACGAAUGUAAAUGAUUCAAUAUGUUAUCUUGCAAAGUUAAAUAGCCUACAGUAAACUUUACAUGGCACCAAUAGGACUCCAAACUUACUGGUGUUGAGGGAGCACUGGGAUUAAGAACAGAAAAAGACGCUCACAUUUAAGUACCCGUUUAAAUGAGUGCAGUAUACAGUAUGUUAUCUAGCAAAGUAAACUUGUCGAAAGUAAACUGCACAUGGCACCGACAGGGCUCAAAACGUUCUACUGUUAUUUGAGGGAGAACCUUUACGCCACCUCUUUAAGAAUGGCGUAGAUUGGAACGCUGAACUCCAAUGACUCGUUUAAACGAAAGCGGUAUAUGUUACAUCAAACAAGGUCAGAUGAGGCUGGAACAACAUCUUGGACGUAUUAGACGAGCCCUGAAAGCUUUUUUUUUUUCCUCCUAUUUGCAGACCUCCUUUAUCAAAAGGUAUCUGAACACCGCCUUUUCCAACCAACAGAAAAUAUUUAGUGGAAGUGAGGAAGUUUUUUACACACAGGAAGAGGACGGUGACGCACCAAUAUUCAAGAGUAUACAUGACACGUAUGCUUCAUAUGUGCGCUUGUGAGUAUUUAAAAUCUGGCCCGGAUUGUUCAAACGGUGGAUAGCGUUAUCCUCCGGCUAAAUCGCUAUCCAGCGGAUAAGUAUUAGGGAAACCAAUUGCUUUAUUCACCUUUAGAACAACUGGGCCUUGGUCGAUGGAAAGACGAACUGUUAGCCUUACACCCCGCCCAUUGAUGUUAUAAUAAUGAUUAAUGUGUUUCCAAUUUGAAAUGCAUACAAUUUUUACUUCUUCGGCCAUGAGUUUACACUGAGAUGAUUAGAAAUAAUAUAUAGAUUUAGCUUUGUUGGCCAGUAGCAUUUCUCAUUUUCUCACCGCCGGUAUAAACUUUUCAUGUUGUUCUUCCAAGGAAAUUCGUCUCUUUUAUGUUUAAUCUCUUGGUCUAGCUCUCUAUCGCUCUUUUUCUCCUUGAGCUUCCUUAGCCUUUCGCCUACAUUCUCGUUUUCUCUGUCUUUCUCUUUCUCUAUAUUCCAAAUUUGUGGAAAUGCUAAUUAAUCUAAGCUUGAUACUUUAGACAACCCGCGUAUAGAAACAAUUUCCGCCUUUCAUUUUGUCUUUAUUGACUCUUUAAUUGUCUCUGCUUCACAAGACGCAGUUGGCCAUGCGAUUUCCCGCCAAAAAAAUCUCUAGUUGCAUUUGGGUUUCCAUACCUGUUGAUUGUGUUUCCCCGUGGUGCGGACGGACGGGCGGGUGGACGUGACUUCCAAAAUUUCCUGGUUGGAUAGGUAACAAAAUUCACUCUGAGCGUCAGAUUUCAGGUGUAGUUUCACGUGACUUUUGAUAACCUUUGUUGUAAACAAACCCCGAAAGUUCGGACGUCCGUUCUCUGCCCACAUACUGUAAUUGUACGAACUACGAGUCACUAUUUCAGGUUCCGGCUAACUUAUAUAUUUUCAUUUCGGGUCGGUGUUUGAAACUCGCAUGGUUCCAGUGUCGAAAUAACUAAGCAGAAGAAUAACAGCGAUUUUAACAUCACGAGCAUGGUAGAACUGCAAGAAAGUGAUUCCCGCCUCACCUUAGCAGCUGAAAUGGUUUUGACAUUGGAUCCAAACUUCGAAAGAGAUAAAACCGGUGAUGUAGGAGAAUUUCAUAAUACAAAUAUAGAUAAUUCACAUUUCAAAAUUCAUGAUCGUACGCAAUUAAUUUCCAAUCCAUUUUCGCUGAAGACCGUGAAUAACUUCAACUCAGCGCCACCGUUUGGGUUGCUCGACAGUUUCAACUGUGUAUUAAAUUUGCCUCUGCCCGCUGAUUACAACGGUCAUGUUGAUUAUUUGGUAACUGCUAAUUUGAAUCAAGAGGCUGUUCACGUAUCUGAAGGAAAAAAAAAAGUACAGGCUUCCAUGAACGUGUACUGGCUUUAUAUCUAGUUCGUGUAGAUUCAAACGGAGGCAGUGACAGCUCAGGGACCCGUUUCUCGAAAGUCCCGGUAACUUUUCGGGCCCGAAAUCAAAUAUUCAAAUCGAAAUAUAAAGAACAAGAGCACGGGUCCUGGCUAGCAAACUACUCCAUUUUGUUUCACUAACUGAUAGUUCUAUCAUGCUAGAUGCAAAACGUUUGAAACCUCGAUCUUUAAUAUAAACGGACACGGCUUACCGGGCCCGUUAAUUAUCGGGACUUUCGAGAAACGGGCCCCAGGCAAGAUAUAUGCUACGGUCCCAAUACCUGUUCACACUGUACAAAAGUGUGGCACAGAACCUAUCCGAUAUGUAAUGCUCAACUUUUGAGAUCGGCGCGGUCUAGUCGGCCAGUUCAAACCUUUGGCAAGCGCCACGAGAGUGCGAUAAUGGAAUCACUGAAAAUUUAAACGAGGGAAAUCUCCUCUAUUGAUUAUUACCUAUAAUGGACUCUGGAAAUCUGUGCCUGCAGGCUUACUGUUCAUUUGUUUAAUUAUACUCAUCAGGCAAAAAUUUGUAGCCUCAAGCCAGAUUCAUGCAUAAGAAUGAUUUCGGACAGUUUUGAUCUGCUUGUUUCAAUUAUAAGAAAUUAUUAAUAUAAAUUUGUCCUUUGCAGUGAAUGUGAAUCUAAUACUCUCUAUUCUUUUUUUUAAUUACCACGACCGAAGUGAUGUCAUCAAGAACUACAUAAUAUGGCAAGUUGUUUCCAAGUACGUUGUAGCAAUGCCUGAAGUAUUUGUUAAGGCUAAGCUUAAGUUUGCAGAAGCUCUGGCUGGGGUGCAAGAAUAUCAGAGAUGGUCGGCCUGUAUCCAAGGAUUGAUGGCACCAAUGGACAUGACAAUAGCGCGGAUGUUUGUUGAUGCACAUUUUGAUGAGAACACUAAAUCGACGGUAAAGUGAUGUUAUUCGUUGCGGUUAAAUCGAGCCCUUUUCCCGCGGUAUAUGUAUAGGAUCCUUUUUAUCGCGGGAAAAAUUAAACCGGGUGUGUGACUGCUUCUUUCUGGCCAUAUUUAGAGAUCCCGGGUAGUCGGUCUGGUCGGGAGAAAAGACGUGACGCUAAUCUCUGGAUGUUAGUGAAAGUAAAUGACACUGAAAACAUAUUCAGUCGAGUGGCUGUAAAUUUCCCUCGCAGGAGUCGACGCAGGGGAGUCAGCGCCUUGCGCUAGAAUGAAACGUAUUGUGGUCAGUUCUUCUCAGGAGAAUGACCACGAGAAAUUGCUCCUUGGUUUGUAACCACAGCUAUUGUUUACGAAUUGCUCAUUUACCAAUGAUAUUUAACAAAUCGAUGACAAUUUUGCUAUGGCCUCUACCCCUAUCGACCAUAAGUAUAUCGUCGCAUUGUUCAAAACUGGCGUGGAACCAGGAGUCGGAUUUGGAAGGUUGAUUUCUUCCCAUAGUCUCUUUGUGACGUAAUAUAUCAAGCAUGAGAUUUCGUGUUUCAUCACGAAAACACCGCGAAGAGAGUUGCAAAUACGACGCGCAGCAGAUUAUUUUUGAGGAACUUCGAGGUGUUUCAUCUGGUAAUGAAACACUGUGUCUCAUGCUUUAUAUAACUUCUCAAACUAAACGAUUUUAGAAGGAGAAUUUGAGGAUGCCAUAAUGAGCCGUUUUUCAUCUGAUUUCCAAACACUCAUUAAAGAUUUAUUCCUUUGUAUUUUCUUGAUGAAUUAUUAGUGAGUUUGCGAAAUGUACUCCUACAUGAAAGAAUAAUUUUUGCUUAAAAUCCCACCUGAAAGAGCCCAAAUUUGGACUCAAAUAUACAAUAUACCGGUCACUAUGUUCAAGAUGUGCUAAGCUUAAUCAUUACAUGAGCGACGACCUAUUUUUUAUUUGCUUUAGGUAAAGGAUAUGACCACUCGUGUUCGCAAAUCUUUUAUUAAUAACCUUGGUUCACAAGACUGGAUGGACAAGAGUACAAAAGAUGCCGCUAAAGAAAAGGUAUGCUAGCACCCAGGGAUGAAAAAAAACGGUGAAGGAACCUUUCCUAGAACGUUUGGUGUGUGUGACAUACUUCCUAAAUCCUUUACUCUGUUUAUGACCUUUGCCCCCUAGCCCUAAUGGAGUGUUUUCACAUGACGUCACGGCGGCCAUAUUGGUGUCUCGAAACAAUAAAACGGCGGCCAUGUUGGUGUCCCAGACCAAUUCUGUGGGAGUUGUGAGUAAAAACACUUUUAUAGAGUGUUUUUACUCACAUGACAAGCAGCUAUGCAAAUGUAUUGGAACAAAUGAACGUUUUUACAUAGGAAAAAAAGUUCAACUCCAACAGGAUUGGUUUGGGGCACAAACAUGGCCGCCGUUUUAUUGUUUCGAGACACCAAUAUGGCCACCGUGACGUCAUGUGAAAACACUAAGCGCGCUCACGUGAUCAGCAUCUAUGCAUAUUUAUUGGAACAAAAGAAAUUUUUACAUAAGAAAAAGGUUCAACUCCCAUAGGAUUGGUCGCUUCAAGGCCAUUUCCGAGUUGCUCCAAGCCUCUAUUUCAAAGCGAGGUUAAGUGCGAGGCCAUUGAUAUAAAAAUAAGAUAAGAUAAGAUUAAGACUUUAUUUGGUGGGAGUUGACACUAAAUAGACGAAGCUAAUAAACUUGUGGCCCUCUUUCAUUCUCGUGCAAAUAAAACUCAUUUUCUCAACAAAGGUUUUUCUCUUAGCCGCGUUUUGAAAGUGAGAGUUGUUGGAAUUCGGGAAGGGCCUAACAGGCCGAGUUCCGAAUUCCCUCGGGCCUCUGUAUGAAUACGAGGUUAAGUGCUCAGCCUUUCAUAUGGAAAUGAUUUUUCAUUCCCAUGCAAAUAAAACUCAUUUUCACAAGAAAGGUUCUGCACUUGGCCUCAUUUUGAAAGUGAGGGUAUUUGGAACUCGGAAGUGGCCUAUUAAGGUUAGAAGACAAAAGAGAUGAAGAAUUGAGUCAAAAAAAAUUACCUGAACUUAAUUUUGACAUGACGCGGACCAUUUAUCCUUUUUUGGUGUUACAGGCCAAUGCUAUAAAAGAGGAUGUGGGGUACCCCUCUUUCAUUAAAGAUGACAGCAAACUUGACGCGCUUUACUCUAUGGUGAGCAAAUCCUUUGAUGGUUGUGUUUGAUUUAAUUUGUUUCAUUCUUGACUGAGUCUCGAAAUUGAAGAUGUGGAUAUAUUCUAGUUUCGUGUAUAUAUAUACGUUAACACUUUAGUGACGAUUGAGAUCAAACGCGUUAAAAAUCAAAAAACGAAGAGGCAAGUAUUUGGAAAAAAAACCUAUAAGGCAAUGGAUUGGACUGGUGGGGAGGGUUUCAAAGUUUUAAACUAGGUAUGCGAGAGGCGAGAGGGUAACAUUUGUCAAAGAAAGGGUUGGACCUCGGGGUAGAGCCUCCUCGUAAAUUUUUUUGAGUAACAACCCCCCCCUCCCCUACCCCCGCGGGAUUACACUGCUGUGAAAUUACCCCUUUAAAAAGGUGUUUAUUGGAAUAUUUUGCUUUAUUCCCGUAAUUUGAUUGGCUAGUUUUGCAAAAGUGACCGUGGCUUCUUUAGUUACCUUACAAUUGACAACUUCUUGACUGUUUUUUGUUGUUGUCUUUUACUGGUUUCUAUGUACCUAUAUCCUACUUCGGCUUGUUCAGCACUUAUUUAUAUUUAUAUAUUAUUGUUUAAUAUUGUUUACCAAAAUUUAAUUUAAUCUUUCUCUCCCAUCACCAGUUGAUUGUAAGCGAUGAUUUUUUUGACAACACUUUGGCAUUGAACAAGAUGGUGGUCCAGAAAAAUUUGGGAAUGCUUGGGCAAACAGUAGAUAGAAAUAAGUAAGUUCCACUGGCGAUUUACUGUGCUUAAAAUACUAUAUAAGGCUGAAUACACAGUACGUUUAGUUGUUCCAUUAAUCGAUGCUGUCGUUGAUUAAAAUAAUUUUUCUCCUGUACUUUUAGUUCAUUUCUUUCUCUCUGUCCAGUGCAAUUUUGUGUUUCAGCGACAGUAUCCCCAUAAUGCGUAUAGUACUGCCUCUUUUUAAAAGAAUUGUUAAACACGCAGCUUACGAAGGCACGGUGGAGGAUAGCGUUUGUAAAGAGUCUCUUAGUCCUUUUUAGUUAAGUCGUGUUUCAUUUAAUGCGUUUUAAGUCAAUGCGAUUUGCAUCUACGAGCGCCUUUCGGUUUUCAAAGUGGUAGCAAUUCCCAAGGCUUUUCUUCAUGGGAAGGAGGUUAUGGGUAGGAGGUUGGACGAGGUUGUAACCUUGAACCAUAACUCGAUGGUUGCACGGCUCUCGUGCUUGCCAAUUAUUCUGUAACAUUUCUUGUGCAUCUUUCAGGUGGUUAAACGGUCCUGCGCAAAUCAAUGCUUAUUACAGUCCGCAGCAGAAUCGCAUAGGUAGGUCUUUCCCAAAUGAAGCAUUGAAAAAGAAGGUCAGUCCACUUAGUCAGCGACGACGGCGACGUCAAAGAGAACGGCAAUAAAAAAAGCAUAGGGUAAACAAUUAGCAGUUUUAAAGCUAAUACCAAUUGGUCGCAAAUAUUUUAUCGUAUUUGUGAAGUGACUCAAGUGAGUAGAAAUCUGUUUCAAAUGAGUUAACAAGUACUAAUCAGUUGAAUAGGAGUUUGUAUCAGUAAAAGUUUUAAUCAACACAGUUGAUUCAGUCGUAUUGGGAUUUACAGUGGUGUUCAUUUGACUCAAAUACAGUAGAACCCCGUAACUCGAACUCUGAAAGGAAACGAAAACAGUUCGAGUUAGCUAGGAAUUCGAAUUAUCGGGGUAAAUUUCAGUGAAAUUUGAUCAAGGGAAAGGAAAUUUAGUUCGAGUUAGCGGGGAAUUCGGGUUAUCCAAGUUCGAGUUAUCGAUUGAAGCUCUACUGUACUUGCUAUUGAUUGGUCUGACUUUAAGGAAAUGAUCAGCUCAGGAAUGAAUGUUUUGCAAAUGCUUAUCGAUUUUUUAUCCUUGAUACUGACUUAAUUAAAGACUAAUUUCAAUUUUCAAAAAAAGAAAGAUAGCAGAAUUGAAUCAAUCAGGUUUGUUUGUCUCUGACAGUGUUCUUGGCUGGAAUCCUACAAUCUCCCUUCUACAAAAAGAAUUAUCCAAAGUAGGUAUACUUGAGGCCUGUGCUUAAAUAAAAAGCGUUAGAUAAAAUUUAUUAGAAACUGUAUAAAAAUCACAGUAAUUUGCAGCUGGUUGAAGUCGAGCUCAGUCAUACUCCCCGCAAAACCCUUAAGUCUUUUUUAGUGUGGAGGAGAUAGGAGGAUCUGCCUGAAUUGCAGUUGGAGAAUUGUAGUUCUGGACUAGACAAUCUUGUUCUCUCCCUCUCGUCAAACUGGUUUUCAGCUGAGUGCGAGCAUCCGUUUAUUGAUCAACAGAUAGUCAUAACUGAGCCCACUGUACCAAGCGCGUGGCUAUUAGGCCUGGGUUCAAGUCUGAAUCCCAGCAACAAGAAGCACAUCUUAGUCGAUUUAUGCAAUAGAGAGAUUAAGCAUCACGUUUACGUCAAACGGCAAACCACGUGACCAAGUUUCCCCAUAACUUGUCGUUUACUGUUCAUUAUUUCUACAGAUAAAUUAGCAGUUUCACGCAAUUUUUUUAUCCAUAAUAAUUGUUUUGAGCUGUUUUUAUCUGCUUAUUUUCUAUUUUGAGAAAUUCUCAACUUAAAUCUGACUUUUGCCGUUUGCUGUAUACGUGAAGCUUAAACUCUCAAAUGAUAUCGGCUUUUUCCGAGAGUUUUUGCGGAAAAAUCAUCUCCUUCGUGCAUACUAUUUAAGAUUUGACUGGUCUGGCUGGCUAGUUUUGAUUAAAAGUGAAAUUCUCAUUACGACGGGGAUGGUCUGGCCGGUCAGUUCUGACAGUUGGUGACAAGUGGGUGAAUUACGUCGCUAAAAUGUUUACCGGCAACAACAUUCGUUUCGAUUCCGCAUCAGGGACUUAAAACCGAGCUACCAUGGGAGGGUACUCUUGUCCGACCAAUGUGUUACUAGGUAUUUUCUUGAGAAGCUGAAGGUGCGACCGCAAAAUAGUUUAAUUUACAAAUGGCUAUCGAUGUGGAAUUAAGCAAUGCUUUGUUUGCCAAACUCAAUUUUCACCGUCUCUCUGCAGAUAUUUCAACUAUGGCUCUUUGGGUAUGAUCAUUGGACAUGAACUUACCCAUGGGUUCGACAAUUCAGGUAAUAUUUUACGUAUCGUGGAACUUAGCACGUUGUUCGACUCUUUUUCCAGGAAACCUGAGGACAUUCUCGCUACUGUAUCAACAACUGUGACCGUUGAAGAUUAAGAUUUCAGUAUUACUUCAUGUCCAGCGGUAAACAAGGCUUUCUGAGUACAUAUAUACCGUAAAAUUCCGAAAAUAAGCCCCGAGGCUUAUAUUUUUCAAAGGCCCUUUUUGAGGGGCUUAUUUUUGGAGGGGCUUAUAUUCGGAGGGGCUUAUCUACGGAGGGAAAUUUGCGUUUCAAAAUCGAUUGGGCUACCCUUAUAGUUGGAAGGAAAUUUACCAUUUUUGCUUUGUUUUACUUUGUAUUUGAGGGCAAUUUUCCAAGAACAAGCCCCGUGGGGCUUAUAUUUGGAGGGGCGAGUUAACGGAGGGUUUUUUGCGUUACCGGUUUGGGGGGCUUAUUUUGGGAAUUUUACGGUACCUUGUCAAAUUUGAUACUUUGGCCAAUUAACUACCCCCUGAACGUUUUUUAAACUUUUAAUUUCCUCAAGUUGUUGUAUUCCAUGCUGUUAAAAUGUCUAAGUGUGGCAGUCCUAACUCGAUCUUAGAGAACCUGAGACAGCCGACAUUUCACGACGUUCCAACCGGUUUCCCCGCGCGCAACCAGUGGAGAAACGUGGGUUGCCGUUUCUCAGGCUACCCCGAUCUGUAUAAUUCUUAAUACCAUCUUCAUUCAAUAAUCGGUUGUUACUAUAACUGAACUUACUUUGGUCUGGAUUCGGAUUGAAACAAUUGAAGUCUGGUAAGCGCACAUGUUGAAGGCAAUUCGUUCCAUAGUGCUGGCGCGUGAACGGAAAAGGCGCGCACGUUUUCAGAGGAUUAGAAACCUGUCUGAAUAUUAGGCCUUUCUUAAGGAUCAGAAGAGAGGAGAUUUCCGAUUUGAGGGGGUAGGGGUGGGGAGAGAAAAAAAAAGAAGUUUCUUUUCGUAUUAUAAGGUCCCUAUUUAGGUUAUUUAUUCACUUGUUUGUUUGUUUCUUUUUUUGUGUGUGUUCAGGACGUCUUUUUGAUAAAGAUGGAAAUUUGAAAGACUGGUGGUCUCAAAGCUCGACAAGGAAUUUCCUACUUAAAUCCUAUUGUCUUGUUAAUCAAUACAACAAUUAUGAAGUGUUUGGGCAUGAUGUAAGUAGUUACCUGUACUCGCUCUUUUGUCAUAAUCUCCUCAGAACCUUUUGCCGCGAGGGGUGUCACGUGGCUUGACUACCAGGCCCCGGUGGUUUAAACACUGAAUAAUGCUAUCCACUGGAUAGAUCACUAUCCCGUGGAUCCAAUCGUGUUAUCCACUGGAUAAGACUCAUCCAGUGGAUAGCGUUAUCCACCUUUUGAACAACUGGUUCCAGUUCUUGAAUAACCAGGUUUUUGCUUUUAUUCUGACAUUUCGCCGGUCUACGUACUCACAAUAUUGUGUAUCUGUUCAAUGAUUUUGUUCCUUUUGAUUGCUUUACAGAUAAACGGUGAACAGACCUUGAAUGAGAACAUAGCUGAUAACGGAGGGAUAAAACUGGCGUAUGACGUAAGCUACGGGAAAUUUAUAUUCGUUGUAUCUGUUUGCGGCUUUCACGUUCUGUAAUGCAAUUUGUUUUCCUCACAAAAUUUUGCAUCAGUAAAGUACCUUUUUUUUGGGGGGGGGAGGGGGGUUAAGAAUCUUAUUAAAGUUAAUUCGUUGAAGGUUCAAUCAGUUACAUAGGUUACAAUUUUGUAGUAGUUCACUUAGCCUGGUGAUUACUUUGAACCAUGGAUAUCAAGUUGUAAGCCCCCCCGGAUAAAAGGUCCCCCCCGUUUAUAAACCCUCCUAAAACCUCUUUUCAAUACAAAUUCAGCCCUAUUUCAUCACUGCCCGCUGCUUGGGACCUCUUUAGUGAAAUGUCCCAACGACGAGGAUUGCUGAAAGGUAUAGCUGUAUUCGCAGGCUAAGAGUCAAAGAUAGGGACCACUCUUAGUGUCCGUAUUAGGGGGGUCAUGAUCCUGAUAUAGAGUCAACUAAUAGUAAUAGGAGUAAAGAAAGGCGGGGUGUCCGUAUUAGGGGGGUUUCCGUCUUAUAAAGAGUCAACUUAAAGGACUAACUAAAGGCAGGGAGCCACUCUUAGUGUCCGUUUUAGCGAGGUGUUUGUCUCAUAGAGAGUCAGCUAAAAGGAAUAACGAAAGGUUGGGACCGACUCUAGGUGUCUGUUUCAUCGAGGUGUUCAUCUGAUAGAUAAUGGAAUAAAAGGAGUAAAAAAGGGCAUGACCGCUCAGCUCUAAGUGUCUGGUUUAGGAAGGUAUCGCUCGAGUCUUUUAAGAAAGAGUUGACUGUAUAUUAUCAGUAUAACUGCCUUUGUUCUGUUUCAUGUUGCCUGCCUCUUUUAUACAGGCAUAUAAAUCUUGGGUGUCGGACAACGAAAAGGAAGGGCAGCUACCGGACUUGAAUUUGAGCGUGGAUCAACUUUUCUUCAUAGGAUUCGCUACGGUGAGUUAUAUACAUGUCGAACACUACCUAGAGACAAGAGUGUAUUAUUGCAACAAACUUUCCUCUGUAAUUUUCUCCCGUGAAACUUGCUACUUGGUCUACAUCCUCUACAGUAUACUUUUACUGCUUAUUUGAAAUAAUUUCCUGCUCCCACAACACAUAACUCGAUAUAUCAGUCUGUAAAAUGUAUAGAUGUACAAGUAAAGAUGACUUUCAUGACGUGAUGUCCUCACGAAGCAUGUAUAUCUUGUCCAAUCUUUGUUAGCCAUCGUGUAGUGUGUACAAAAAGGAUGCGGCUCUUUUUCAACUGAGGACUGACUCACACACGUAUAAUAAAUACAGGUAAUUACGUCUAUAUUCUUAACAAUCUUAGACACUUUUACCGCUUUAUCUGUUUAAUUAAUUGUAUUUCUUUUUGUGAUAUAGUAACAGUACAUCUGAACAAAACUGUCUUUGGUAGUGAAAGGAUGCAGCAUACCCCUCCCUACCCCCAUUCACCCCACCCCUCGUACUUUACAAAUGAUACCUAGCGGUUUGCAUCGUUUCCAAUUCCCUACCUCAGAAACUCGACGGAGAACGGGUACAAGCUUUGGGGGCAGCGAUUAGUCUGGGAUUGUUUGGGUCGACAAGCGUUAGUUAUGAUCGGUCGAGAGUAUUCAAGGUAACCAGUAACCAAUCAUAAUUAACGCUUGUCGACCCAAACUGUCCGAAAAAUCGUUGCGCCGAAAGCUUUUACCCUUUCGCCCUAUAGUUUAUAGAAUAGGGAAUUGACCUGGUUCAGGUGUAUCUCUUAAUCAUGAAAAUAUAUUUGAUUCAAGUUCUGGUGUUUCACUAAGUUAAAGUUAAAUUAGCCCCCUCUGUCUUUUGAGGCUUCCCUUCUAAAACCCUACGUACCUCUAACCCGCUUUCCGGAAGUAAAUUAAAAGCGGGAGAGGGUGGGUUGGGACAGUGCUUAUAGCUACCAACAAUCUAGCAAUUUGAUCAUCUUGAUCCCUUCUUUUGCAGGGUGAUUGGGUCGCUGUCCAACUUUGAAAGGUUUUCAAAAGCCUUCAGCUGUUCAAGCAGCAAAGAGAUGAACCGCGGCGAAGACAAGUGCGCCGUAUGGUGA